GAAAAGCGCAGGGUGAGCGUUGGCGGCAGCGGUUGCGGGCGCGCGGGGCAGCGGCGAUGCGCCUGACGCAGAGCAUGUGCACCAUCGCCGAGUGCGCGCCUGGCGGGGACGGCUGCGCGCCCCCCGCCGCCCGGCCACGCCUCGUCAAGAUCGCCGUGGUGGGGGGCAGCGGCGUAGGCAAGACAGCGCUGGUGGUGCGGUUCCUCACCCGGCGGUUCAUCGGCGACUACGAGAGGAAUGCAGGUAAUCUCUACAGCAGGCACAUCCAGGUAGAUGGAGAGAUGCUGGCUAUUCAAGUGCAAGAUACUCCAGGAGUUCAGAUCCAUGAACACAGUCUGGAUUGUAAUGAGCAGCUGAACAGAUGCAUUCGCUGGGCAGAUGCCCUGGUGAUUGUCUUCUCCAUCACAGACUAUAAGAGCUAUGAACUACUCAGCCACCUUCACCAUCACAUUCGACAGCUGCAUCCAGGAAAUGCAGUCCCUGUUGUCAUCGUUGCAAACAAAGCUGAUCUCUUGCAUAUCAAAGAGGUGGAGCCUCAGCAUGGACUUCAGCUGGCCAACAUGCUGGGCUGUACUUUCUAUGAAGUAUCUGUCAGUGAAAACUAUAAUGAUGUCUUCAAUGCCUUCCAUCUCCUCUGUAAAGAAGUCAGUAAGCAGCAAACAACCAGCACCCCUGAGAGGAGAAGAACCUCUCUUAUUCCACGGCCAAAAUCACCCAAUAUGCAGGAUCUGAAGAGAAGGUUUAAGCAAGCUUUGUCUGCCAAAGUGAGGACUGUCACUUCUGUUUGACAGCAGAGCCAUUGGUCUUCCCAGCAUUGAGCCUGAGGUUGAAACCUGGGGUGUUUAACACUGGCACAUCUAGAGCCUGAGGCAUUGUGAAAGAAGGAUUCAGGUUCAGGUUGACUUUUGCAUGGCUGUAGAAACAAGCAGUUCCUUAAAAAAGGAAGAAUGGCAGAUUCAAAACAAAGCAAACAAAACCAAAAGAACUCUUGAAAUGGCUCUAGGAUGUGCCUUGUAGAAUAAGUGUUUUCAUUUGGAAAAGGAACUUUCCAGUCAAUGAAACAAGCUUUUAAUUUUUCUCCAAUUGGACAGAUUUGGCUUUCACUUGUGCAAAAACAACCUUUUAGAUGUAACUUGACUCGUACUUGAGCAGGGAAAUGCCCUGGACUGCAGUUCACUGUUCAGAAGUAAACACUUAAAUUUUGUUUUCACUUGUAUGAAGACAGCAUGAUGUAUCUGUUCAAUUUUAUUGCACAGUAGAACUCUGUUUCCCAUGUAUUUCAAAACCACUAAGCAAACAUGAAAUUCUGUAAAAAUAAGUGUAAAAUAAGUGGACAAGACUGGGUAUCAAGACUGUAAAAAAUGCUCCUUUAUCUUUUUUUUUUACUAGCUAUGUUAUUGCUGACAACUUGACCAGACUCUUUUGUAUGCAAAACUAUUGUCUGAAGGUUGUAAACAUAUCUAUAAAUAAUUUGUGGGGUUUUUUACUGUCUUAAAAAGAACCCAACCAAAACCAAACCUGUCCAGACUAAAUGACCCAACAUGGAGCUUUUGAGGAAUGAGCAUGGAGUUGGAGGCAUAGUCUGUUAGAGAUGCCAGCCCAAGAUAAUUCUCUUUCCCUCCUGUGCAAUAGGCACAGAAGGACCGUGGCUGUGAUUCAGCUCAGUGUGAAGCAUGGCUGGCUCUGGGCAAUGAAGCUGGUGGCUUGUUCUGAGCUGAGCCAGUCCCUCUUCGACACUACAUGGCAGAUUUUUUUUGUUAGGGGUUUUUUUUGUUUGUUUGUUUUUUUUUUUUUACAUUGAGCCAAUGGAGUUCACAGCCUAAGGGCCUUAUACACAUGCACUUUAAAAAGCCAGUUGUGCUUUUCUUUAAAUUGUAACUUAUUUAUUUUAUGUAGUUACUCCUUCUUAGGGAGUGGACUUUUCAUUCUUACUAUCUGGUUCAACAUUAAAUUUUUGAAUUGCA